AUGUUUAAAUUUGAUUUCCCAGUUUUAGAUACAAUUUUUUUCUUUCAUAUUCCAGAUCCAUUAGAAAAUACUUCUCUCACUUUGUUCGAAGUAGCAUUCAAUGGUCAGGAGAAUGAUCUACGUGAUCUUCUUAUACAUCGUCUUGCUUAUGUUGAUGUAUGGGAUUCUCAUGGUUUAGCUGCUUUACAUUUUGCUACUUAUAUUGUGUAUAUAAAUGUUAUUGAUAUUCUUCUUAAUUCGUAUUGA